UUGAGAAGCAUUUUCUCUGAGAUGUGGAGACAUGGGGUGUCGAGUGUGAGGGAGCUCAAGGAACGGAGAUACGGAGCAGCAAAAUUCAAUUCAAAUGACUUCGAAGGCUUGCGCGAGCUGCUACAGCACUCUGGAGCACCUAUUCCUGUGCAGAGAGGGCUACCACAAAGUGGGGGGGUUUCUUGAAGCAGCUGUGUCCAAGCUAAGCAGCCUUGGCAUUAUUCUAGACAAAGUUGGCGAGGGAUUCGCAGCUUGGGUGAUGCUAUUGCUGCUGCCAAGCACAAGGGGAUGCCAAUCAAGCUCAAGAAGCUUCUUCUACAUUCCUGUGACGUAGAUUUAGAUGCUUUAGCGGGAUCAACACUUCCCAAGUAUUUAGAACGUCUGGAGCUUUUAAAUUGCGAUUGUUCGCCCCACCUGGAGAAGCUGCUGCAAGAUCCAGCCUGCAAGAUCUGGGAGAUCUCCCUGGAUCAGAAUAAAUACUUGACGCCCGCCCUCUUCCAGGAUGGAACAAGUCUACGGCAGCUUACGCUGCUCGACAUCCCAAAUGAUCAGGCGCUACUCAGCCAAAUCUGCCGAUCAAUAGAAGGCCUUAGAAUUAAGGAAUUGCGCACCCUUGCGGAGAUCUCCCUGCUGGAAGAUUGCAUUAACAACAAUGCCAACUCCAAGCUCUGGUUCCUGGAGUUACAACAUGUACAUUUAUCUUUCGCGCAGGUCGUGGGCCAGGUGCUGAAGAGCCCAUAUUGCAAGCUUGAAAGUUUCUCCUUGAUAUAUGGGAAGAAUCCUCGUAAGUAAGGACUAUCAAGAUGCGAUUCUCAGCAAUUUGGAGGCCAAGCCAACUACAGCAGCCGGAUCCAGAGACUGCGCAUUAGCGGGGAAUGGG